GUCUCUCUGAAUCUCUAGAUUGAGCUCUAUUGUGUGUAGUGAUCGGGUCCAGCGAUGAUAUAGAAUUAGGUUUGUCCAUUUUCGUCUUUCAUACGUUAGCGUUAGCUUGCUGAUUGAGAUGUCCAGGUUUUGCAUCUUAUGACCAGGAGUAGCUUUGUUCUUGUAUGAAUGGCCUCUUAAGUCUCAAUCGAAAACACAUAUUCUUGGCAGACGAUGAGGUUGUUGAUCCAAAGAAGUACCUUGAGGAGUCUUGCAAUCCAAAAUGCGUGAAGCCACUACUCGAGUAUCAGGCGUGUGUCAAGAGAAUCCAAGGUGAUGACUCUGGCCACAAGCACUGCACUGGCCAGUACUUCGACUACUGGCAGUGCAUUGACAAAUGUGUUGCACCCAAGCUCUUUACAAAACUCAAAUGAAACAAGGCGAAGCUGGAGUCGACAUUGUCUUUGAGUUUAAGGGAUGUAUAAAACGCAGUUGAUGUUGGAACAUUUUUGUUAACUGCAAACCUGAUUAUGCCAAAUUGCUUUGCUGCUCGGUUUUGUUUCUAUCGCUUUUAUGUUUUUUUUUUCCUACAGACAUUGUUAUUGUCCUUCUUUUGAAGUAAUAAAAUGCCUAAUAACAACAACUUUUUACACAA